AUGGUUACAGUUGGUGAUUUUAACAACGACGACCUGUUAGAUGUUGCUGUCGCAAACUUUGGCUCUCAUACCAUAGGGAUCUUUCUUUCUAACGGGAAUGGAUCAUUUCAAGACCAAAUAAUAACAUCAACUGGUCGAUCAUGUCCUAUAUGGAUAUACAUUGCUGAUUUCGACAAUGAUACUUUAUCUGAUAUUGUCACUACAAAUUAUGGUACCGAUAGUAUUAGUAUAUGGUUUGGAUAUGGUAAUGCGAGCUUUUCAAUGCCCAUUAUGUAUUUCAUAGGCUAUGAUUCUUAUCCACGUUCAGUAAUUGCUGGAGAUCUAAAUAAUGACAAUAGAUUAGAUCUUAUCAUUGCAAAUUCAGGUACAAACAACAUAGCCAUACUAUUUGGGAAUGAUCUUGGUAAUUUCACACAUCAAAACUUGUUGUCAACAGGUGUUAAUUCCCAUCCGUACUCUGUUACUCUUGCCUAUUUAAAUUAUGACAAAUUUGUGGAUAUUGUUGUUGCUAAUUAUGGGACACGAUCUGUUGGUAUAUUUCUGGCUUAUGGAAAUGGAAGUUUCGCACCACAAGCAACAUAUUCACUUGGUAAUAGUUCUCCGUAUUCAAUUGCAACUGGUGAUUUAAAUAAUGACGAUGCAAUUGACAUAGUCGUCAGUAAUAUAGGUACUAAUAAUAUUGGUACGCUUCGCAACUACAAAAAUGGUACUUUUGCAAGUCCGAGACUAUAUCCUAUGGGAUCAUCUUCUUCAAUCUCAGUAGCAAUAGGUGAUUUCAAUAACGACAAUCGAUUAGAUAUAUCUGUUGUUAACAACGACUCUCAUAGCAUAAGUAUCUUUCUUGGUUAUAGCAAAGGUUUUUCAGGUCAAAAUAUGUAUUCUACUGGUCGUUCUCCACUGUUCAUUGCUGUCGGCGACUUUAACAAUGACAAACAACUAGAUUUUGUUGUUACUAAUAAUGAUGACAACACUGUUAGUGUCUUUCUUGGAUAUGUCAAUGGUUUGUUUACAAGUCAAAGGAUAUUUUCGGUUGGUUCUUAUC